UCGAGAUCUGCGGGUCAAUUAAGCCUCCACAUAUGACAUCAUGGAUCAGUGGAUGAUAGCACUCGCUUUGUCUGUAGUACUGCUCGCUUUGCUCUACAAGUGGUCGGUGGCCAAAUAUGAUGUGUUCCGCGAAAGGGGCGUGGCACAUGAAAAGCCAUGGCCUCUGAUUGGCAACAUUCCCAUCAAAGGCAUGAUCGGUGGUAUUCCCGUCCUCAAGCAAAUGAUUGAAUUGCAUGCGAAACACUCGGGAUCCCCGGUAUAUGGCAUCUAUGCCCUUCGUGAUGCCGUGUUCUUCGUCCGCGACCCGCAGCUCAUCAAGCUCAUCGGCAUCAAGGAGUUCGACCACUUCGUGAACCACAAUAGCAUGCACCACAACAUGCAGGAGUCGAUACUCUCGAAGAGUCUGAUUGCCUUGCGGGAUGGUCGCUGGAGGGAGAUGCGCAAUAUCCUGACACCCGCAUUUACGGGGAGCAAAAUGCGUAUAAUGUACGACCUCAUCCAGUCGUGCAGCGAGGAGGGAGUCGUUCACAUAGAGGAGCAGUUGGAGCUGUCGCAGGAUGCGAGCAUCGACCUGGAAAUGAAGGAUUACUUCACGCGAUUCGCCAACGAUGUGAUUGCCACCGUGGCCUUCGGCAUCAGCGUCAACUCGUUCAGGCGCAAAGAUAACGAGUUCUUCCGCAUCGGACAGGCCAUGUCCAGGAUUAGCGCCUGGUCGGUGGUGAAGGCCAUGCUCUACGCCCUCUUCCCGCGACUGAUGAAGGCUCUCCACGUCCAGGUGCUGGACACCAAGAACAUUGAUUACUUCAGCAGCCUGGUCACCGCGGCGAUGCGCUACCGGCAUGAGCACAAAGUGGUCAGACCGGACAUGAUCCACCUGCUGAUGGAGGCCAAGCAGCAGAGGCUGGCCGAUCUGAAGGACAAGUCGAAGGAUGCGCAAUACUAUGCCCAGUUCACCGCCGAUGACCUGUUGGCCCAGUGCCUGCUGUUCUUCUUUGCCGGCUUUGAGAUUAUCUCGGCCUCCUUGUGCUUCCUCACCCAUGAGCUCUGUCUGAAUCCCACGGUGCAGGACAGGUUGUAUGAGGAGGUCCUUGCGGUGCACCAGGAGCUGAAUGGCCAACCGCUGACCUAUGACAAACUGACCAAGAUGCAGUACCUGGACAUGGUGGUGCUGGAAGCACUGCGCAAGUGGCCACCAUCCAUUUCCACCGAUCGCGAGUGCCGCGAGGACAUUGAUUUGUGCGAUGAAAGUGGUCAGAAGUUGUUCUCCGCGCGAAAGGGCGAUGUCGUGCAAAUACCCAUCUUUUCGCUCCAUCACGAUCCCGAGAACUACGAGGAUCCGGAGCUCUUCAAUCCGGAGCGUUUCGCAGAGGGUCAGGCGGCAGAGUCCCGUGUGUAUCUGCCCUUUGGAGUGGGUCCUCGCAACUGCAUCGGCAAUCGCAUGGCCCUCAUGGAGAUCAAGUCCAUAGUAUACCAGUUGCUCCUAAACUUCAAGCUAUUGCCAGCGGACAGGACGCCCCGCGAUUUGCUGAACGAGUUGAGGGGUCAUGGCCUGAAGCCGAAGCAUGGCUUCUGGCUGAAGUUUGAGGCACGUCAAUAAGGACUUAUGCAUCGGAGACAACUAAUCGACUGCGGGUUUUCAAUUAAAACUCGUAUGCAAGCGUUCAUUAAUCAA